AGCCGCUCCUCUCUUUGCUCCUCAUCCUCAGGCCAGCACCUCAUCUCCACUCAGAAUGUCCCAUCUCAAAAAAGAGAACGCUUCCACCCUCGAGAACGCCAUGCAGCUCAUGAUCCAGACCUUCCACAAGUACUCUGGAAACGAGGGGGACAAGUACACGCUGAGCAGGGCUGAGCUCAAAGAGCUGCUCACCACAGAGCUGGGCAACUACCUGGGAAACGCCCAGGACAAGGAGGCCGUAGACAAGGUUAUGAACGACCUGGAUUCAAACAACGACGGGGAGGUCGACUUCACCGAGUUCGUCAUACUGGUCGGAGCUCUGACCGUAGCCUGCAACGACUUCUUCCUGGAGUUCAACGAAAAGGGGGAGAAGAAGUGAGCCCCCCACCUGGGCGCCGAGGCAUCCACUCAAAUCUGUAUCCAUAAAGUUCCAGGAAGGGAAGAGAGCGAUGACCCAUGCAUCCUGUCAUGGAGCUAAUGUGCAAACACACACACACACACACGUAGUGAUCUGAGCUGUAACUGUUGGGAGUUUCUGCUUUUUAUUUGCUAUGUCCAACUGAAAGUUUAUUAUUAAAAUGUGAACAU